UCGAACCCAUAGGAGCCUCGAUUCCAUCGAAAUUUAUAUAUAGUAGUCCUUCCUUUUCUCCAAACGCUUCUGAAGCUUUUGGAGAAGACUACCCCUGGUAGAAGCGAGGGGAACUGAGGAUUUUUUUUCUUAUUCGUAGCCGAGCUUUCACAGGCCAACUGUCUACCGCAGCCAUUUCGUUCCCACAGAGAUUUAUUUUACUUUCUGCUGGAUUUCAUUUAUUGGAGAUGGCGGCAACUUCGGCUUCUGGACUUCAAAUGGCAGCAGCAAGGUCCUGUAUUUAUUCUUCUCCCAAAAAUUUCAACGGUACCAGUGCAUUUUUUGUCUCAGAGGCCAGAGGCACCGCACGGUCUACGCUUACGAGCUCUUCUCAUAUAUCGUCUGCGCAACGUUUCAUCCGGAACUUCACAUCUAGUCCUGUAACUGUAAGAUGUAACAAGUUCGUUACACAGGCAAUGUCUGAAGGAAGUGAGGACAAGCCUCUUCCAGGCUUGCCCAUUGAUCUCCGAGGUAAAAGAGCAUUUAUUGCUGGGGUAGCUGAUGACAAUGGAUAUGGUUGGGCCAUAGCAAAAUCUCUAGCUGCGGCAGGUGCUGAAAUCCUUGUUGGUACAUGGGUACCUGCACUAAACAUUUUUGAGACCAGUCUAAGACGUGGAAAGUUUGAUGAAUCACGCAAGUUGCCAGAUGGUUCUCUGAUGAAGAUUACAAAAGUGUACCCACUGGAUGCAGUAUAUGAUAGCCUUGAGGAUGUUCCUGAAGACGUAAAAGCAAAUAAGCGUUAUGCAGGAUCCUUAAAAUGGACUGUUCAGGAAGUUGUUGAAUCAGUGAAGCAGGAUUUUGGGAGCAUUGACAUCCUUGUGCACUCACUUGCCAAUGGCCCAGAGGUGAGUAAACCUUUAUUGGAGACAUCCAGGAAAGGAUAUCUUGCUGCAAUCUCUGCAUCUAGUUACUCUUUUGUUUCUUUGCUUAAGCAUUUCCUUCCAAUAAUGAAUCCAGGUGGUGCAUCAAUUUCUCUCACUUAUAUUGCCUCCGAAAGGGUCAUUCCUGGAUAUGGUGGAGGCAUGAGUUCAGCAAAAGCUGCUCUGGAGAGUGAUACUAAAGUGCUUGCUUUUGAAGCUGGAAGAAAACAAAAAAUUCGGGUCAACACUAUAUCUGCUGGUCCACUUGGAAGCCGUGCUGCAAAAGCCAUUGGUUUCAUUGACAAGAUGAUUGAAUACUCAUAUGCCAAUGCCCCCAUACAGAAGGAACUCUCUGCAGAUGAAGUGGGGAAUGCCGCCGCCUUCCUUGUAUCGCCACUGUCUUCAGCUAUCACAGGUGCAGUUGUGUACGUCGAUAAUGGUUUGAACGCAAUGGGAGUAGGGAUUGACAGUCCAAUAUUUGGAGUACUUGACAUUCCAAAAGAAAAUUGCGCUAGAGAUAGCAAUAGUUAGAUGGACUUAGAGCCUGUCCAUUUAGGAUCUAGUGUAGAAGGCAGACUAUAGUUCUUUAAAUUGUAUAUCAUCCGAGGAUAACUCUUUGGUGGGUAUCUCCCAUUUUGAGAUGAGAAAUUCCUGGUUGUUUCUUUUAUUGGAAAAAAAAUUAUUUUUGGG